AUGUCGUAUUUUGCAAAUAAACCUUCGACGAUUAUUGAAUCAAAAUUGUAUUUAGGAGCAUUUGGACAUGCACGCAGAUGGCCAGGUCUUGAAAAAUUAAAUAUUAAAGGAGUUAUCAAUUGUACCUCAGAAAUUCCAAAUUAUUUUGAAAAACACGACGGAAUGUGUUAUUUGAGAGUGGAAGUGGACGAUCGAUCGCAACAAAAUAUUUCGAAAUAUUUUGAUGAAACAUUUCAAUUUAUUGAGCAAAUGAAUGAACAAAAUAAGGCAGUGUUGGUACAUUGCGCUGCUGGAAUUUCACGAAGCUCAACCAUAUGCAUUGCGUAUUUGAUGCGAAAAUUUAAUAUUACACUUCGAGAAGCCUUUUUCAUCGUUAAAAAAGCUAGGUCUACGGUGUUACCGAAUGAAGGAUUUUUCAAACAAUUACUCGAACUGGAAAAACAAUUGCGAGGAAGUAACAGUUUUGCAGAGAAUGAUUAUUACACACUCAAUGAAAUGAGUAUGAUGUAUAUUGGCAAUUUUGAGAAGAAUGAAUUGAAUACAGGGUUGUUACUACAAUAA